GUUCUACACUAUUAUUUGUACAGUAAAUUAUGAUGGUGAAUGUGACUGCAAGAGAUGCCAAAUGUCUUCCAUCAACUGAUGAGGAUGAAGACAUGGAUUUGGAUUUGUAUAGUGAUCUGGAGAGUCUUGUUCUCAACCAGGACUUUAGUCAUAAAGUCAAUCCUUUAGACAUCAUAACUGCACUCUUCCUUUGCUCAGACAGUUUUCUUCAACAAGAGAUUGCCUUGAAAAUGUCUAUGUGCCAGUUCUCUGUGCCUUUACUGUUUCCUAAUUGUGACACACAGCAGAGCAUGCUCAUGCUUUGGGCCUUAAGAGAUAUUGUGAAGAAAUACAGACCACACUCCUUGUCUGAUCCAAGAGGGUUUGUAGAAGAAAGGAUCAUUCUAGCAGACUUACCCUUAGUGUCCUUUGUAAGACUUGGAGACUGCAGCAUUUCUAAAUCUCAAAUCUUGAACAAACUGCUCAGUAAUCCACAGCAAUAUCAUGACACAUUUGUGCACCAUGACAUGGACUGUGGAGACAUCCCAAGAAAAAUAUCAGAUGGUUUGGUGGAGAUCAGCUGGUACUUACCUUGUGGAAAUAAAAACAUAGACAUCUUCCCAGAACCUGUGGCUAUUGCAAACCUAAGAGGGGACAUAAGUACAUUUGAGACUCAGUACUCAUUUCUUUGUCAGAUUUCUACAGCAGUUUUUGUGUUCUUUGACAAUUUUGACACAAACCAUCAGCUACUCACCAAUACACAUGUAAAAGCACAGUUGUUUUUGGUGGGUAAUGCACUCACCAAAGCCUUCAACCUGGAUUUGUUGAAAAGAACAGCUGCUGCACUGAACGUGACAAAAAGCAACAUCAUUCUAAAGAACAAACAAAACGAUGCAGAUUUUGUCAAGAAUCUGUGUUGUGCUGUGAGUGAUGUUGUUAAAAAGAAGUCUGUGACUGUACAACUUGAGAUGAUGACCACAGUUGCACACGAUUUAGGAAUUUCGAUUGAUGAAGACAAUAAGGAGUGCCAAAAUGCAAAAGAAAAUGCAAAGGCAAUUACUAGCAUGAUACAGGACACACUAAAGUUUAAGGAAGAACAUCUCCCUUUGCAGGGUGAGAUGUGGAAGAAACUGGGAAAAAUAGAGAAAGAGGAGUGUAGGCUUCGUAAAGCUGGGCAUAAGAACAUUCAGAUGUAUAAAGGUGAACUUGCUGAACAGAAGAUGGAACUCAGGAAGCAGCAAAGCAGCUAUGAAAUGUCAGAAGCCAUGUCCUGCUUCAUAAGUGCACUGUCAAGUUCCACUCUUGAGAGAUCCUUCUUCCUGAAAUGGAUGCGAAUGUAUUUGGACAAUUUAUACCGCAAGAAACUAUCCGAUCUUAGAGAACAGUACAAAAAGAAAUGUCAACAAUCUUCUGAGAAGAAGGAUGAGAUUGCAGAACUUGACAGGCAGAUCUCAAACAGUGCUUUAGGAAUUGAACACUUUUUGAGGGAAAUGGGUCAGCUAUAUGAAGCUGCUGUCUCCCUACCAGAAAAUCUACAAUCACGACAACAAAUGCUACAUUUACCCAAACUGUGUGCCGAGCUCCUGUUACAGGGAUUCCCUCUUGAACUAGUUGAUGGAGAUGCUUCAAAUAUACCACUAAGGUGGAUUAGUGAUGUACUGAAAGAGCUGAAUACUUUAGUGCAAACUAAGAAGAAGAUCAUGGUAGUCACAGUAUUAGGAGUGCAGAGCACAGGAAAGUCUACCCUACUAAACACCAUGUUUGGGGUUCAGUUUGCAGUCAGCAGUGGAAGAUGCACACGAGGAGCGUUCAUGUUGAUGAUCAAAGUCACAGACAGCUUCAGAGAAGUACUUAACUGUGAUCAUUUAGUGAUCAUUGACACUGAGGGACUGAAAUCGCCUGAGCUGGCACAGCUAGAUGACAGCUAUGAACAUGACAAUGAACUGGCUACACUUGUUGUUGGACUGAGUGACAUUACCAUCAUCAACAUUGCCAUGGAGAACUCUACAGAAAUGAAGGACAUUCUGCAGAUUGUGGUGCAUGCAUUCCUCAGGAUGAAGGAAGUAGGCAAAAAACCCAUGUGUGCAUUCGUACAUCAGAAUGUAGCUGAUGUCUCAGCACAUGACAAAAACAUGAGAGACAGGAAGCUUCUCUUAGAGCAGCUGAAUGAGAUGACUGAGGCAGCAGCCAAGAUGGAAAACAAAGAAAUGUACAAGAAGUUUACUGAUGUAAUGGAGUAUGAUCCAGAGACUGGUAACUGGUAUAUACCUGGGCUCUGGCAUGGAAACCCACCAAUGGCACCAGUGAAUGCAGGCUACUCUGAAACUGUCUAUGACUUCAAAAAGAGCAUGAUAAACAUUCUUGUAAACAAAAAUAUAUCUACCACAAACAACAUUGAAGAAUUUUUGGAGUGGACAAAAAGCUUAUGGAAUGCAGUAAAAUAUGAAAAUUUCAUAUUCAGCUUUAGGAACAGCUUGGUAGCUGAUGCAUACAUGAAGCUGUGCACUGAAUUCCAUAAAUGGGAAUGGUCUUUCAAAAAGGACAUGUAUAAGUGGUUAACAUCUGCUGAAACCAGAGUGUCCAAUUUUGAGAUCAUGAAAUCACAAUCUGACAAGACAAACCUACAAGAUUUACUGAGGACCCUGAAAGACGAGGCCUCCUUAGAACUUGAUAAAUGGGAAACGACCAUCGUGGAAAACCUCAGCAAAUACUUUGAGCAAACAGAGGGUCAUGUCUAUCUUGUGGAUAAGUACAAAGAAGACUUUGUAAACAGUGCAAAAUCCCUCAGGAAGGAAACAGAAAACUCAGUGUUGAAUAAAAUAGAGGCAAUUAUUGCAAUUAACAGGAAAAAUAAUUUGGACAACAUCAAGAAAACACAUACUGACAGAAUGGAAAAGAAAGUCCUCAAACUUCUGGAGGAUCUCUGGAAAAACAGCCAUUCAGAAAGUAUGUCUGAAGAGAAGCUCAACAACAUCUUUGAAAGCAUGUGGCAGGAAACACUGGAAGAAUUGUCAUUUAAAGGCUUGAGGAGACAAACAAUAUCUGACAGUGUUUUUAACCAGUUACGAAUGAACAUGAAACAAAAGGGAAGCUCUGUCUUUGAAAAGUUAAAUGAAGUGAAUCUGGAUCAAUACGGCAAAGAGAAGUUCAUUGUUACACCAGACAAUUUGUUUAAAAAAGCUGUUGAAUAUGUGCAGAUUUAUAAAUUUGAUCAAACAGUGAGACUGCAAGAGAUGUCAGACAGUGUCAUUGACACAAGUAUGCAAUUAAUUAAUGACAAGAAAGAGGGAAAAUCAGAUUACCAUGACACCUACAUUCAGGAGAUCCUACAAAUAAUUGAUACAAAAUUGACGUCAUUAAAGAAAUGGAAAUUUUCUGCUGAAUUUGAACUCUCUCUGAAGCUGCACAUUUGUGCUAUUUCUGCAAGAGAAUUCCAGGCCAUGCAUGACAGUUUUAUUGAAGAGAACGACCCACGCAGAUGCCUCAAGCAAUUCAAAGAGAAGUACCGUGCUGAUUUCAAAGAUCUGUUCAGUAAUCGUGAUCAGUGUCAGAGGAAGGCUGCAGAAUUCGUAAAACUCUGCCUGAGCCCUGCAGUUGAGACAUUCAUCUGUAACUCACUGGGACUAGACAUUACUGAUACAAUGCUACAAGGGGAAAAUGCAUUUCAAUUCAGCACACGUUCAUUUUUUCAGUACUCUAUAUUAAAACAACUUCUGGAUGACAAUAAUUUUGAGAACUAUGUGGCCUACAUACGAUCAUAUGAACGCUUUGUUAAGGAGUGGAUAUUAAAACAGAUUGAAGAUAGAUUUUCUAAAGGAAACAAACUAUUUGAGUUGGAAGAACAGCAUCUCAAAGGAGCUACUAUGGACAUAAAAGAGGCCAUCAGAAAAGCACAACAGGAGACAGAUGAAAAUGACAGCUUAAAGGGAUUGAUUAAGAACAUUUGCAGAGAGCUUGGAAAAAAACUUGUCAUUCCAAAUGAUGUCUUGGAAGCAGUCAUGGUUUUGAACAAUGUCAAACAGGAGCAAUUUGCCCACUGGCUCACACAGUCUGUGGAGGAAAUGGAAGGAUCACUGAAGACUAAGUUUGAGAAUGAUGACAUUCAUAGCAAACUGAAAACACUCAAAAUCAAACCCCAGGAUGAGCUGUUCAAGAGUGUAUUUUGCUGUGGGAAACAGUGUCCAUUCUGCAAAGCACCAUGUGAAGCAGGAGGAGAAGCUCAUACACAUCACACUGCUUCUGUACACAGACCUCAAGGACUUGGUUUAUACAGGGAUGUGAGCUCAGAGAAAUUAGUCACUGACAUUUGUUCCAGUGAUGUGAACAGUGACAAAAAGUUCAGAUGCCUAGAGACCAAACAUGAGUUCCAUCCUUACAAGAAAUACAGGGAGAUCUUUCCAGACUGGCACAUCCCUGCAGAUCCCAGCAUACAGGCCUCAGACUACUGGAAAAAUGUGAUGGCAAAAUUUAAUGAUCAGUUUGCAGAAGUGUAUAAAGCAAAACCUGCAGAUAUUCCCCCAGUGUGGAAAAUUAUCACAAAGCAACAAGCAGAAAAAAGUUUGAAGGAGUGUUUUAGUAUCCAGUAA